AUGUCGACAUCGGACGAGGCGCUGGUGCUGUGCCUCUACGCAGGCGGCACGAUCGGAAUGGUGCGAAAGGACGCAUCGUCCGGCUUUGCUCCGUAUCCCUCCUUCCUCACAGAGACGCUGCGCAGCCAGUCGCGCUUCCACGAUCCGCAUGGCGACUCCAUCUUCUCAUGGUCCGAUUCCGUCGACCGCUACAAGGCGUGGAGCGAGGCCUACACGCGUCCAGGCUCCGGCGCCUCGACACCGCUGCAUGCCAAGGACACCACCGCGCUCCCAUCCGAGUCCACGCUCGCAAAGGCAGUGGCAGACAAGUCGGCUAACACCAGCCUGCUCGACGUCAACGGCGCCCAGCCUUCCAAGAAGCGCAAGAGCGACCACGACACGGCACCCCUCACGCCCUCCACCCAGGCGCAUCUCGAUCACCUCUUCGCCGACUCGGCGUCGCGCUCGCCUUCCGGCGCUGCCUCUGCGGGUGCGCCACCCUUUGGUCACCCCGUGCUCGUCCGCUCCUCGGCACCCAAGGGCACCUCGACCCACCAUGCGCUCUCGUCAUCUGUCUCGGCCGACGGCGAGCACCUCGAGCUGCAGCUGCCCACGCUCAUCACGCCGCGCGGCGGCGCGCACAGCAAGCGCGUGCGCUACGCCGUGCUCGAGUACGACCCGCUGCUAGACUCGUCCGAGAUGGACAUCCCGGACUGGAUCCGCCUCGCCUCGGACAUCUCGCUCAACUACCAGAACUUUGACGCGUUCAUCGUGCUGCACGGCACCGACACCAUGGCCUACACGGCGUCGGCGCUGAGCAUGCUGCUCGAGAACCUGGGCAAGUCGGUCAUCGUCACGGGCGCGCAGGUGCCGCUGUCGGAGCUGCGCAACGACGCCAUCGAAAACGUGCUCGGCGCACUCAUGCUCGCCGGCUCGUACAUCAUCCCCGAGGUGGGGCUCUACUUUGCCUCGACGCUCUACCGCGGCAACCGCACGAGCAAGGUGAGCAACAAUGCGCUCGCCGCCUUCGACUCGCCCAACAUGGCCCCGCUCGCGCGCGUCGGCAUCAACAUCGAGGUCGCCUGGAACCUCGUCGAGCGCUCGCGCAGCGUCAAGAGCUUCCGCGCCCACGACCGCAUGUCGCCCAACGUCGCCGUGCUCCGCCUCUUCCCCGGCCUCCCCACCAGCACCGUCAAGAGCUUCCUCUCGCCACCGCUCGAGGGCGUCAUCCUCGAGUCGUACGGCGCAGGCAAUGCACCCUCGCGCCCGGACCUGCUCGAGGUCUUCAAGCAGGCCUCGGACCGCGGCCUCGUCAUCGUCAACAUCACCCAGUGCGUCCAGGGCGAGGUGUCGGCGAUCUAUGCGGUGGGCAAGAAGCUCGAGGCGGUUGGCGUCGUGGCUGGCGGAGACAUGACGCCCGAGUGUGCGCUCGCCAAGCUGUCGUAUCUGCUCGCCAAGGGGCUGGAGCCUGCCGAGAUCCGCGAGUUGAUGGGCAGGCCGCUGCGCGGUGAGCUCACGUCGAGCCGUGGCGGUGCGGCGCAGGCGCUACCGCAAGAGCUCACACCCGCAGCUAAGCCGAUCAAGGCCGACGUGCGCACGCUGCUCGCGCACAUCCUCCAGAACCCGUCCAAGACGCAGGUGGCGGCCUCGGCGCCCUCGCCCGACAAGUCUCGGUCUGGAGUCGAGACCACAUCCAGGGACGUGCGCGCCGCUGCGUGGGACAGCUCCGAACACGAGGUGUCUGCAGCCGCGAUGGCGGUGCUGCCAUGGCUCAUCUACGAGGCCGCCUCCAAGAACGACGUGGCGCUGCUGCAGUGGCACAUCUACGCGCUGGCGCAGCUCGAGACGGUUCCGACCAUCUCGAUCGACGAGGAGCAUUUCCACCCGUCCACGUUGCAUCCAGCGGCAUCCGGCGGUGCAUCGGGCGAAGCUGCCGCGACGAGCCACAUUGUGGGCGAGAGCGUGGCGAAUCCGGAGGCGACGACGCCCAUCGAGAAGCUGCAGCCGCUGCACGUCGCCAGUGCCAAGGGCUUCACCGGCGUCGUCGAGCUGCUGCUCCAGGCAGGCUGCAGCGUCCACGCGAGGGAGACGACAUCCGGUCACUCGCCGCUGUUUCUGGCGUGUCAGCACGGCCAUGCAGCGACGGCCAAGCUGCUGCGCGAUGCCGGCGCCCAUCUCAAAGAGGACGAGCUGGCCCUGGCGCGCUUUACGGUGAGCCAGCAGCGCCAACGCGAUCCCUCGACGCCCGACACCGCCGCCAUCUGGCAACUCGCCGGCGUCACUUUUGCAUAG